UGUGGUUGGGGGUGGUGGUGUCCGGUUGGGAGGAGGAUCGGAUUCCUGUUUCCUGCCCCUACUCACUCAGCCCUCGGAGGUGACUGGGAGUGGAGGGAACUGGAGGGGGAUGACUUCCGCAGAACACCCCAUUCCUUGGAAACACUUAGAAGACAAUGUCAGCUCAGUCUCUUCCUGCAGCAACGCCCCCUACCCUGAAGCCCCCUCGGAUCAUCCGCCCCCGACCCCCAUCUCGGCAUAGGGCUCCACAUUCCCCGGGGCCUCCCCAUAAUGGCUCCUCUCCGAAAACACUUCCUCAAAUAUCCAAUGAUGCCUCAGCCUCAGUGUGCACCUCCAUCUUCUGGGAGCCUCCCACGGCUUCCCUAAAGCCCCCUGCUCUUCUGCCCCCCUCGGUUUCUAGAGCCAGCCUGGACUCUCAGACUUCCCCUGAUUCGCCUUCCAGCACACCGAGUCCCAGUCCAGUGUCCCGGCGCUCCAUCUCCCCAGAACCAGCUCCCUGCUCUCCUGUGCCCCCACCCAAGCCCUCUGGGUCUUCCCGAACACCUCUGCCCUUGGGCUCUAUGCCUCUACAGGAUGGCUCUGCCUCAGCCCCUGGCACAGUUCGCAGACUGGCGGGCAAGUUUGAAUGGGGAGCUGAAGGCAAGGCCCAGUCCUCAGACUCCCUGGAGCGGUGCUCCCAGGGGAGCACCGAUGUGAAUGGGGAGAAAGAGACUCCCCAAGUCGUCCUUUCCGGGAAUGGGUCCCAGGAGAACGGCACUCCCGAUGCUGCCCUGGCUUGCCCUCCAUGCUGCCCCUGUGUCUGCCAUGUAGCAAAGCCUGGCCUGGAGCUCCGAUGGGUGCCUGUGGGGAGUUCUGAUGACAUCCUCAGGGUCCCCUGCCGAGCAUCCCCACUCCGGGCCUCCCGCUCCCGCAUCAACGCUCCAGUCAUCAGUCACCCUCCAGUUGUACUCACAUCCUAUCGCUCCACUGCGGAGCGCAAGCUCCUACCUCCCCUCAAGCCCCCCAAGCCAACUAGAGUCAGACAGGAUACCAGCACCUCUGGGGAGCUUCCACAGCCGGACCUGGAACUGCCUUCAGAAGAUGGGAUCCAAACAGCUACAAAGGCCUGGGAAGGGGACAGACCUGAAGAAGCUCCUCAGAAUGCUCCUCCUGUAGCCUUGGAGGGAAGGGAGGAGGAAGGACUGGAUGGCCUGAAGGAGCUGCAGUGGGAGCUGCCCCUGCAGGACGAACCUUUAUACCAGACUUACCGAGCAGCUGUGCUGUCAGAGGAGCUGUGGGGUGUGGGUGAGGAUGGGGGUCCCUCUCCAGCUAAUCCUGGAGAAGCUCCCACCUUCUCCAGGCUCCCUGGACCUCGAAACACUCUGUGGCAGGAGCUCCCGGCUGUGCGAGGCAGUGGUCUCUUAGAGAGUCUAAGCCCCCAGGAAAGGCGCAUGCAGGAGAGCCUGUUUGAGGUGGUGACAUCAGAGGCCUCCUAUCUGCGCUCGCUGAGGCUGCUGACCGACACCUUCGUCCUGAGCCAGGCUCUCCGGGACACACUCACUCCUCGGGAUCAUCAUACGCUUUUCUCCAACGUGCAGCGAGUCCAGAGUGUCAGCGAGCGGUUUCUAGGAACACUGCUGUCUCGCGUUCGUUCUUCCCCACACAUCACUGACCUGUGUGACGUGGUGCACGCCCAUGCAGUCGGUCCUUUCUCCGUGUAUGUGGAUUAUGUACGGAACCAGCAGUAUCAGGAGGAGACGUAUAGCCGCCUUAUGGAUACAAACGUGCGCUUCUCUGCGGAGCUGCGGAGGCUGCAGAGUCUCCCCAAAUGUGAGCGGCUCCCGCUGCCCUCUUUCCUGCUGCUGCCUUUCCAGCGCAUCACCAGGCUCCGGAUGCUGUUGCAGAACAUCCUAAGCCAGACAGAGGAGGGGUCCAGUCGUCAGGAGAAUGCCCAGAAGGCCCUGGGUGCUGUGAGCAAGAUCAUUGAGCGCUGCAGCGCUGAGGUAGGGCGCAUGAAGCAGACCGAAGAGCUAAUCCGGCUCACCCAAAGGUUGCGCUUCCACAAAGUCAAGGCUCUACCCCUGGUCUCCUGGUCACGGCGCCUGGAAUUGCAGGGGGAGCUGACCGAGCUGGGGUGUCGGAGGGGGGGUGUGCUCUUCACUUCCCGCCCGCGCUUCACUCCCCUCUGCCUACUGCUCUUCAGUGACCUGCUGCUUAUCACUCAGCCCAAGAGUGGGCAGCGGCUGCAGGUUCUGGACUAUGCCCAUCGCUCCCUGGUGCAGGCCCAGCAGGUUCCUGACCCAUCUGGACCCCCUACAUUUCGCCUCUCCCUUCUCAGCAACCACCAGGGCCGCCCCACCCACAGGCUACUCCAAGCAGCCUCACUGUCAGACAUGCAGCGGUGGCUGGGAGCCUUCCCCACCCCAGGUCCCCUUCCCUGUUCCCCAGACACCAUCUACGAGGACUGUGAGUGUUCUCAGGAGCUAUGUUCAGAGCCAUCUACACCUUCCAAGACUGAGGGGCAAAGUCUAGAGUCCAAGGCUCCCCGAAAGCAUCUCCACAAGAAUCCAGAAGGUUGGCUUAAGGGGCUUCCUGGAGCCUUUCCUGCCCAACUGGUGUGUGAAGUCACAGGAGAACAUGAAAGGAGGAAGCAUCUUCGCCAGCAUCAGAAACUCCUGGAGACUGUAGGACCCUCUUCAGGCACUCCUGACACCCCUCAACCUUAGGGCAGGCUAGGGAAGAACACUGGGAUACUGGUAGAAGCAUGGGGAAGACAAAGUCUGCCCAUCCAUCUGUCUAUCCAACCAUCCAUCUGUCAAUCCAUUCGUCUACUUGCUGUCAGUGGAAACACUACCUCUAGAGGCAACCAAUAGGGAUAGAGCAGCUAAUGAAACAAGACCACCUGAGCCCACAACAAGAAAGAAUGGGGAUGGCUCGAUUGUGUUUCCAAUGGAGACAGAGGCUAAGUACAGAGUGGCCAAGGCUGAGGCCCUGGCCAGUGAGUAUCACAGUAUGUCCACAAUCAAGAAAGAUGAAGCAGGGGCAUUGCACUGAGGAAUGGCAUCACUGAAGUCGGCUUGUAGACAACAGGAUGGGACUCGUCCAGCCAAGAAGAUGGUGAUUUGGGAGACCAGUAGUCACCCUUGUUGGUUAUACAGAAGCUUUUUGAGUCCUGCUUUUUGAGUAUAGGAAGUAUUAAAUGAAUCUAAUACUUCUGUUUUGGGGCUACUUUCUCUGCCCUUUUAAACCACUUCCUCUCUUCUAGAAGAAUCCAGAGUGCAUCUCAGAGAACAUUAG